CAACGAGCUGAGUUACAUCAAGGAGAUACGUAAAAACAAAGCUAAAGUUGAGCAAGUAUAUCUAAGCACUAACAGAAGCCAUGUCAGUGAGAGUAGCAACAGAGUUUGAGGCGAGCGCACCGCUCAAGCGUCACCGAUCGUCAUCACCGGACGCCUGCCAACAAUCGCCGUGGAAACGCAGCCUCGUGGAAGAACGCGAACAGGAAACGGAACAUGGGUAUACAUGUACUAUACAAGUCACUAUGACUAUAUACGAACCCACGCCAACCAAUGAGACUAAGGACGCGCACGACGAAGCCGUGAAGAAGGUCAUUCAAAGGUCGGAGGUUGCGAGCGAGGUCGCCACGGCGACGCGCGACUGCAUCCUGAGGGAGGAGCUCGCCGGUGCCUCCCCGCCGUCCGCGCCGCCGCUCCCCGGAUUCCCCGCUCGCCCAGAUGACACCCCGGGACGCGACAGCGCCGCGCGACUCAAGGAAACCUACGAGUGGACCGUCAAGGCUCUCCUCUUCCUAGACCGCGCGGCCGCCGACGAGCGUGCAGGGGCGACGCCGGAAGGGUACGGGAAAGGGAAGUUCCCUAUGGAGCGCGUGCUGCAGGAGGUGGAUAGGAUGGAGAAGAACGUGGCAGGAGCGUGCUUGACGGGGAUGGGGAGCGUGCCGCACGUCGACACGAGCGGGCUUCGGCCGGAAGCGUGCGACAACGAGAGCGAUCGCGUGCAGAGAGACUACGUGCUGACUCGCGACACCGCCGAGUGCCUCGACGCCGUGACGAUCAUCUACAAAGACAUGUAGCACGGUUGCCGUGGCGACGACAACAACGCGCGGUGGCGGCGGCUGCCAUCGUUGGCUCCGAUAGACGGUCAUGUAUUAAAGAUGUACUCGCGCGUUUGUGCGUGCGUGCAUGCGUGCGUGCGUGCGUGCGUGCGUGCGUGCGUGCGUGCGUGCGUGCGUGCGUGAAGACGAAGACGUGUACGUACGUUUAGUCCUGCGGCUGCGAAUGGGUUG